GAGCUAAAAACUGCAGCAGCAUCUUUACAGCUACUGCUACAGAAAAGGAUACACACAUUUCUCAAUUCAUUCAUAAAAUAUUCUUUUUCCCACUACACCAUUCUUCUGGUAUUGUUUCCAAAUCUUCGAGUCUCUUCAUGACCCUGUGUUUGCCGGACGGUAAACCCAGUUCUCCAGGUUUUCCGGCGAGUCCAAUGACACCUACCCUUUAAUUCCUUUGUUUUUGUCUCUCUGUAUAUCAUACACGCAGUCAAACAAUGUCGGUUUACGACGCCGCAUUCCUGAACACGGAGCUGUCAAAGCCUACCUCAAUCUUCGGCCUUCGCCUCUGGGUCGUCAUUGGCAUAUUCAUGGGCUCGCUCUUCGUGCUCGCCCUCUUCCUCCUCUCCCUCUGCAUCACCUCUCGCUGUCACCGCCGCCCCCACAAGCACGCUAAACCCAACACCGCCGCGACCACUACCACGCCUCCCAUGUCCAAAGAAAUCCAGGAAGUCUCGCACCCCCAGGCUCCUCCACCGGCAGAUAUCCAAAUCGAGAUCGGGAAGCUCGAGCAUCGCGUGGUUGUGCUGUCGGAUCGGUCGAGCGGGGAGAGCAAUGGGACGGCGACGGUCGAAACGGGGUCGUUCGGGAGCGGGAGCAUGGUGGGGCCGGAGGUGUCGCACCUUGGGUGGGGUAGGUGGUACACUCUCAGAGAGCUGGAGGCGGCCACCAAUGGGUUGUGCGAGGAGAAUGUGAUUGGCGAAGGGGGGUAUGGGAUUGUCUACUGUGGGGUCUUGCCUGAUGGUACCAGAGUCGCCGUCAAAAACCUCUUGAAUAACAGGGGUCAAGCUGAGAAAGAAUUUAAAAUGGAGGUGGAAGUAAUUGGGCGGGUGCGGCACAAGAAUCUUGUUAGGUUGCUUGGAUACUGUGUUGAGGGCGCAUAUAGGAUGCUUGUAUAUGAAUACGUCGACAAUGGAAAUCUGGAUCAAUGGCUUCAUGGUGAUGUUGGUGCUGUCAGCCCUCUAACAUGGGAUAACCGUAUGAACAUCAUAUUGGGAACUGCAAAAGGAUUGGCCUAUCUUCACGAGGGUCUUGAACCAAAGGUUGUCCAUCGAGAUGUAAAAUCUAGCAACAUACUACUUGAUCGUGAAUGGAAUGCUAAGGUUUCUGAUUUUGGGCUUGCUAAGCUCCUGUGUUCUGAGAGGACUUACGUGACAACUCGUGUGAUGGGAACAUUUGGGUAUGUUGCCCCAGAAUAUGCUUGCACUGGAAUGCUGAAUGAGAAGAGUGAUGUUUACAGCUUUGGGAUACUUAUCAUGGAAAUAAUUUCUGGGAGAAGCCCUGUUGAUUAUAGUAGACCAAAAGAAGAGGUGAAUUUGGUAGAUUGGUUGAAAACCAUGGUUGGAUACCGAAAAUCUGAAGAAGUUGUUGAUCCCAAGCUGCCUGAGAUGCCCGCUUCAAAGGCACUUAAACGUGUUCUACUGGUUGCUCUUCGAUGCGUUGAUCCUGAUGCGACGAAGAGGCCAAAAAUGGGACAUGUGAUCCACAUGCUCAAGGCAGAUGACUUGCUAUUCCACGAUGAACGCCGGAUUGGGAGAGAUCCUUCCCACAUGCAUAAUGAUAAUCAGCCAGAAGACAAGGCUGUUUCAAAAUUAGGCAAUUGACAAUUUGGUCAAGGGACUUCUGAUACAAGUAAGGUGAUAGUGGUAACUAGGAACCAUCAUCAGCCACAACUAGUUGGAGAAGAUACCAUCACUCAGUUCAAGUUUCCUCCUAGUUUUUUAAGCUUGUUUUAUUAGUUCCCCAUUUUUUUGAUUGUCCCUUCAAUUCCAAGCAAACGAUAAUAGGCAUGUACUUCAUAUUUCGUUUACAUUGUUUUUUCCGCACUGCCUCAAAUUGGGAUGCAAUUGUACAAUUCAAAUCAUUCAUUCAUUCCUCACUUUGUAAACAAUAGCUGUUAGCAUAUUACAUCAAAUGUCUAUUCAUAGUUUUCACGUUACAAA